GGUUUUUCAUUUCACCAAGUUACUAUCUUAGCCGCUUGGUGGCCAAAAGUUGUCUUUUCUGCACUUUGCAAAAUGGCGGCACCCACGUCUUCCGCAAGCUGCGCAAACAAGGCAUCCACUGCCAUUUCAACCGCAUUGUUCUAUUCCCUUCCAAAAGAGAGGCCGAAACGUUUUGUUCGUGCAAACCUGCUGGAUGUAAUCGACACUAAUGAGAGUGAUUUUUCUGCUGAUGAGGGAAGUGAAGAUGAACUGUCUGGAGACAGCAGUGGUGAAGAAUGGGCCGACUCAACUGAGGCUGACGAGGCUGAGGCAGAAGUUCCAAGCACGACAGAUUUUCCUGCAAGGGAUGGGAAAUCAAGUAACGCGAAGAAGCGGUACACAUGGCUGAAAAAGGAGUUCGAUAAUGAAGCAGUGAGUUUCCAGAACGACUUUCCGCUGCCACCUGCAGAGCCGCUGAGCGCCAAGCAAUACUUUGACAUGUUUGUUUCCCGUUCCAUGUUGAAAGCUGUCGUGGAUGAGAGCAACAAGUACUACUUUCAGAAACAUGGAACCCCCCUAAACCUCACUGUUGAGGAACUGACAUCUGUGCUGGGUAUGUUCUUCAGGAUGGGACUUGUAAACAUGCACAUGGUUCGUGCUUACUGGAAAAGUGGAAGUAGAUAUGAAUUAGUGGCCCAGGUUAUGUCUCGAAACAGGUUUGAGAAAAUAACAAGUCACUUGCAUUUCUUUGAUAAUGAAGCGGCCACUGAAAAAAUUAAAGAAGACAAGUGUUGGAAAGUGCGUCCAUGGCUCACUUCCUUGCGCAGCAACAUGAUUGGCUUGCCCCAAGAAAAAAAGUCAGCAGUGGACGAAGUCCUGAUCCCUUUCCGUGGACGUUGUUACAUUCGGCAAUACAUGCCUAAUAAACCUAAAAGCAAAUGGGGCCUGAAAGUUUGGGCGUGUUCUGGAGAAUCAGGUCUGUGCUACGAUUUUGAUGUAUACCAACGCUGCAACAAAGGUUUUUAUGGCUACCAGGAUGGCUACCAGCUGGGGUUGGGAGCUGGUGUUGUGCUCCAGCUGUGUUCGAGCCUUCCGAAGCGAGACGACAAUCUAGUCGUCGCUGACAACUUCUUUACUGGCCCUCACCUUGUAGAAGAACUCACAAAAAUGGGAAUCUCCUACAUUGGCACCGUCCGUGAAAACAGACUCAAGUGCGGCAAGUUAAUGGAUGACAAAUUGAUGAAAAAGCGAGGUCGGGGUACCUGCGAUACUUCCGUUGCCUCCUGUGAUCAAAAGACGAUGGUGGCCGUGAAGUGGUAUGACAACCGCUCUGUAACUCUCCUUUCCAACUGUAUUGGUACCAACCCGGUAACCUCCGUUAAAAGAUGGAAUAGCAAGGAAAAGAAGCAUGUCUUUGUAGACUGCCCAGCGAUCAUCCCUGCCUAUAACAGAUCGAUGGGUGGCGUGGACCUUCUUGACAAAAUGUGCUUCUCAUAUCGUUUUCCCAUCAGGUCAAAGCGCUGGUAUAUGUAUUUAUUUUGGCAUACGCUGAAGAUGGCUGCUGUUAAUGCAUGGCUCAUGCAGAAGAGAAUCCUUCAGCAGCAGGGAUCGUCGCCCCCGCCUUUGAGAGAAUUCCUCUCUGAGCUCGCUACAAGCCUUAUCUUGCACAACAAGCGACCACCAGGGCGCCCUUCAAUUGAGAAUGUCACACCACUCAAGAAAGUGUGCUUAAAUGUACCUCGUGACGUCAGAACAGACAGCAAGAAACACUGGCCCACAUGGAAUACACGACGGAACCGCUGCAAGGCAUGCCCAGGGGGGUACACGUAUGUCUCUUGUUCGAAGUGUCAGGUGAUGCUUUGUUUGAACAAGGAUCGCAACUGUUUUGUAAGCUACCACCGGUAGGCUGCCAACAGGCCUACUUACGCUUUGUAUUGUUUUCGAUGUGAUAUGCGCCAGAAGGGACGGUGCUUAUAAAAGAAGUCUUUCACUUGG